UUGUUCCAUACAAGUGUAUUCAUGUUUAUUCUAGCACCUGUGUGCUUUCAGCAGCAGGCGCGUCAGCUGUCACUAGGGGCCAUACCUUGAUUGGUGCCAAGCUAUCAUCUUGGGCUACAACGUUUAGCAGCUUGUUGCCGUGUAUAACGGUAGCAUUUGGCUGAAUGCCCAACGGGUUGGGGGUCGAAUGGUCGGCAUACCAGUGGGAGACUCCGCUCGUGACCAAUCGAAAGUACUGGCGAAACGUCGUGGCGAGGAGUGGCAACGACUCGUGGGGCGUGCGAUCGGUCAUCCAAAUGAGCUCAUUCGCUUGAAGAAGGACAUAUUUGUGGUUAAGUUUCUCGAGCAGUGGUCGGAGGUGCUCGACGUCGCCCAGCGCGCCUGUGACCAUGUGAUGGUCGCGAAUGGUCAUGUUGUACACUCCACAAGAAUCGGCCACGGUAGACGCCAUGUACACACCUCCAUGGAUGCAGUUUUGGGCAAAGAAACCGCCGCCCCAUACAGGGUCCGGAGUGGUCGUGACGAAACCUAUUGACGACGAUCGACCCGCCGCCUCGACGUGCAGGCCGGGGCGGCGCUGGGCUGUGCCAGCCUCCACGGUGCUCUCGUGGAUCGUGAGGUACCCGAUCUUUCCAUGCUCGUCGCUUCGGUUAAUGUGCAUGCAGUGCAAGAUCAUGUCGUGGUACCGCACACACGACGGAGGCAGCGACGACACGUCGCCCAUGAUGAAUGGCAUCAUGUUCACGUUGAAUGACGCAUCGUGGGACGACCAAGGUGGUGGGAAUUGAACACGUUUGCGCCGACCUGGCAUGACACAAGGCACCGGCGCCCCCACCUUUGGCGUGCAUUGCAUCAUGCCAACGGACGACGUGUCAGUCACAUGGAACGUCCAGAAGUCCAGGAUAGCAUUGAAGAUCGCCAUCAAGACGUCGGUGUGGCCACGGAAGAGCGCGAGGGGGCUAGCUUCGUCGUAGCAUCCAAGCAGCACUUGCUUUAACACUGGACUCUCCCAAGCAGACACCGACAUCGCCGCCAUUUUGCAAAGUAG